AUGUGGUUCAGCCCGCGAACAUGCCAGGGCCUGGCAACCCUCGCACUCACCAUUUCGGCUAUUGGCACAAAUGCGCAGGCAGUCCCUCCUGUCAACCAAGAGAAGGGAGUCUCGGCAUGGGCAUUCGAUAUGAGCCAGGUCACCCUCAGCGGUGGCCGCUUCUUCGACAACCAGGCCCGCACUCUCAGCUAUAUCAAAUGGGUUGAUGUUGAGCGGAUCCUGUACAACUUUCGCAAGAACCAUGGACUUUCAACAAACAACGCCCAGGCCAACGGUGGCUGGGAUGCCCCCGACUUCCCAUUCCGAACUCACUUCCAAGGUCAUUUUCUUAAUGCCUGGGCUUACUGCUACGCCCAGCUACGUGACAAUGAGUGCAAAAACCGGGCGACGUACUUCGCAGCCGAGCUUAAGAAGUGCCAGGCGAAUAACAGCAAAGUCGGAUUCAACACAGGAUACCUGUCCGGCUUCCCCGAGUCCGAAAUCGACGCUGUUGAGAAACGCACUUUGUCCAACGGCAAUGUGCCAUACUACGCCAUUCACAAGACCAUGGCUGGGCUCCUUGACGUCUGGCGUCACAUCGGUGACACCAACGCUCGCGACGUUCUUCUCGCCAUGGCGGCUUGGGUCGACCUUCGCACGGGGAAGCUCACGUACGCUCAGAUGCAGACCAUGAUGAGCACCGAGUUUGGCGGGAUGAACGAAGUUAUGGCCGACAUCUUCCACCAAACCGGGGACCAGCGAUGGCUUACUGUUGCUCAACGUUUCGAUCACGCCGCCAUCUUCGAUCCUUUGGCCUCCAACCAGGACUCCCUCAAUGGACUCCACGCAAACACUCAAGUCCCCAAGUGGAUCGGUGCUUCGCGUGAGUACAAAGCCACAGGAACCAAUCGCUACCAGGAUAUCGCUCGCAACGCAUGGAACAUCACUGUCAACGCCCAUUCGUACGCUAUUGGAGGAAACAGCCAAGCCGAGCACUUUAGACUUCCCAAUGCCAUUGCCGGGUAUCUCAACAAAGACACCUGUGAGGCUUGCAACACAUACAACAUGCUCAAGUUGACAAGAGAGCUGUGGCUUACGAACCCGAGUGCUACGACUUACUUUGAUUUCUACGAAAGAGCUCUUCUGAACCACCUUUUGGGCCAGCAGAAUCCUUCCGAUAGCCACGGUCAUGUCACAUACUUUACCCCUCUUAACCCCGGGGGUCGCCGUGGCGUCGGUCCCGCCUGGGAUCCGAAUCCAUCGGCAUGGUCAACGGACUACAACAGCUUUUGGUGUUGCCAAGGAACUGGUCUUGAGACCAACACAAAACUCAUGGACUCCAUCUACUUUUACGACAACUCCGCCCUCUACGUCAACCUAUUUAUCCCGUCUGUCCUCAAAUGGACGCAGCGCGGAGUCACCGUCACUCAGACAAAUGACUUCCCUCGAAGCGACACCACGACGCUCAAGAUCUCCGGCUCUGGGCAAUGGACCCUCAGAGUUCGCAUUCCCGCAUGGACCUCAGGAGCCCAAAUCACCGUAAAUGGACAAGCUGUGACGGCUACCCCCGGAACCUAUGCUUCAGUCAAUCGCAACUGGGCCAACGGCGAUACGGUUGUGGUCAAGUUGCCUAUGAAGUUGCAAGCCAUUCCUGCCAAUGACAACCCCAACAUCGCAGCUGUAGCUUUUGGUCCGGUUAUUCUGAGUGGCAACUAUGGUAGUGAGACCCUCUCUGCUGUACCAGCUCUGGAUCUGGCCUCGGUGAAGAGAAGCGGCACUACUGGCCUGACUUUCACUGCGACCGCAGGAGGAAAGACCAUCAACCUUGGUCCGUUUUAUGAAGCUCAUGGAUUCAACUACAACGUCUACUGGUCUACAAGUGGCAAGUUGCCUGCCUAG